UGGGACUGUUUACUGGUCCCAGGCUGCAGACACUGGAUGGGUGCGCGCUGUCAGCGAGAGUCGGGGCGAACUUGAGUCCAGGUGAAAACUCAGUUCGACUCGACAGUUUGGGUCUCUCACUGAACCUGGAUCUUACUGAUUCCCCUAGACUGUCUGGCCAGUGAUCCCCGGAGUCCCUCCUGUACCAUCUCCCCAGUGUUGUGACUGCAGCAGAGCUACAGAGAGACCAAGAAGCGACAGCCACACUGGGGGCCACAGGAGGGCCCUCAGUAGUGUCCAUGGCUAGCCAGGACCCGACGCUGAGCACGAAUCACCCAUUCUAUGACGUGGCCAGACACGGCAUUCUGCAGGUGGCAGGGGAUGACCGCCAGGGGAGACGCAUCUUCACAUUCAGCUGCUGCCGGCUGCCACCCUUGCACCAGCUCAACCACCAGCGUCUGCUGGAGUAUCUGAAGUACACGCUGGACCAGCAUGUGGAGAAUGACUAUACCAUCGUCUACUUUCACUACGGCCUCAGCAGCCAGAACAAACCGUCACUGGGCUGGCUCCAGAAUGCCUACAAGGAGUUUGACCGGAAGUAUAAGAAGAACCUGAAGGCGCUCUAUGUUGUCCACCCCACCAGCUUCAUCAAAGCACUGUGGAGCAUCUUCAAGCCCAUCAUCAGUCACAAGUUUGGGAAAAAAGUCACCUACUGCAGCAGCCUGCAUGAGCUCCGGGAACACCUCCAGUGCGACCAGCUGCUCAUCCCCCCAGAAGUAGUACGGUAUGACGAGAAGCUGCAAAACCUUCACAAGGGCCAGCUGCCCCCUCCCACCAAGACUCCGCCACCUCGACCACCUCUGCCCACCCAGCAGUUUGGCGUCAGCCUGCAAUACCUCAAAGACAAAAACCAAGGUGAACUCAUCCCCCCUGUGCUGAGGUGGACAGUGACGUACCUGAGGGAGAAAGGGCUACACACGGAGGGCCUGUUCCGGAGAUCGGCCAGCGCCCAGAUAGUCCACCAGGUGCAGCGGCUGUAUGACCAAGGGAAGCCGGUGAACUUUGAUGACUACGGAGACAUGCAUGUCCCAGCCGUGAUCCUGAAGACCUUUCUGCGUGAGCUGCCCCAGCCGCUGCUGACCUUCCAAGCCUACGAGCAGAUUCUCGGGAUCACCAGUGUGGAGAGCAGCCUGCGUGUGACCCACUGCCGCCUGAUCCUGCGGAGCCUCCCGGAGCACAACUACACCGUCCUCCGCUACCUCAUGGGUUUCCUGCAUGAGGUGUCUCUGGAGAGCAUUUCAAACAAGAUGACCAGCUCAAACCUGGCAUGUGUGUUCGGGCUGAACUUGAUCUGGCCGUCUCAGGGGGUGGCUUCCCUGAGCGCCCUGGUGCCUCUGAACCUGUUCACGGAGCUGCUGAUUGAGUACUACGACAAAGUGUUCAGCACGCAAGAGGCCCCCGGGGAGCACAGGCAGAACACUGUGGAAAUGGAACAGGCUGGCCCUGUCACCAAAGGAUUCACGAAGACAGGCACUCCCCAGGCCUCACCAUACUUACCGCGCUUCCGCAUCCCCUGACUGGCUGGAGACACCUCAAGAUGGAGGUGCCCCCUUGCAAUCUAUGUAUCUGUGGCCCCGUUUGUCUUAUAAACUUAUGGUCUGUAAGAAGACACAGGAAUUAAAUGAACCCAGAACUUUUUAGUGGGAAUCUUGUGCUUCUGAUUGUUGGGUCCAUCACGGUUCUGGGCUGUGGCUGAAAUGAAACACAAGUGUGAGGAUGACUGUCUUGAACCAUAACCCAAUGUGACUUAAGGGAAGUGCAAAUUUGUGAGCAAGGGGCCUGGAGCAGGGCCUAUGUGACAGGCCAUCUGACCUAGUGACUCACACAGCUGUAGGGUGGCCACAAUCCAUGGUUACCUGACAGUUCAAGGGUCCUUGGGGGACCAUAACAUGCCCUGGGUGGGCUGGCUAGCAUCGGGGAGACUUAGCUGUCUGGCCAAUUACUUCUAUCCUCCAGCAGGUGGCAUGGGGGCACAUGUUGCCUUGGACAGAAGAGCUGUUCAAGGUUAGUAUGGUCUUCAAGAUCAUGGAGAGCAAUGCUCAAGUCCCUGUGGAGAAGGACUGGUCCCUAUGGAGAAAGGUGUCCGCAGCCAAGCCUGUGGGCCACAGUGGAAAGAGGAACAUGGUAGGCACUCCGCACAGGAGUGGAACUGACGUUGGGCAGCCAACCUGCCGGAGAGUUCCAGAUCUGUGGCCUCAGACAGAUUGUCCCCUCAGAGCUGUAGAAUGGACCCUGUACAUCACCAAAUACAGUGCGGCAAGGCUACCAGCAAAAAGUUCCGUAAGUUAUUUAGAUUGGACAAGCUUGGGUCACGUGCCCGCCCUGGACCAAUCAGUUGCCAGAGGAUGCACUGAAGGGCUAGACCUGGGGUUAGACAUGCCGAGCAAUUUCGAAACAACUAGCAAAUAAAUGUCAGCCUGACUGUUCGGUGGCAGAAUCAAAUAAACAAACAUCCACAUUCGGGAGAGUGUUCAGCUGUCCUCAUUGCUCUAUGCCCAGACAGGAAUCAUGCAGAAGAGACCAAACAUACUGAGGAUGACAGUGCCCGGGGGUGGGGCUACAAUUCUAGCUCAAGCCACCCCAGAGCUAGACUUUCCAGGAAGGGUGCACAUGGUGUAAGCACCUACCACCCAGAUGGGAAGGGCAAGCCCAGAGCCUCCCUCAGCCUCACUUCUUCGUGAAAGCCACAGAGCAGAAGCCUGGAUAGGUUUGGACACAGCUAGACUGGUUAGUUUCUUGUCAACUUGACACAAGCUACGGUCAUCUGGAAAUCUCGGAGAUAGCGAUGGACACAGCACAGCCCCAAAUGGCAAAGUUGCUUAAGACACGAGAGUUGUUAGUGACUGGAGAGUGGGGUGGGUAAC